AUGGCCCUAGAUGAUACAGCUCAAAAGGUAAUAGAAGCAUCACUAGAAAACGUAGAUGAACUAACAAGAAUAGAGAAUGAGAUCAAUACACAAUCGAUAAACAAUCAAGAAAUUAAAACAAAAUCAGAAAAACCUAUCGAACCACCAUCUCCAUACAAUACACCAAUAAAACAACACGGCGAAACAAAGGGACUAACAACGGAAGAAAAACUUAGAGAGGCAAAUGAUAUCUUCGACUUCACCAGCCCAAACACUGAUGCAAUAAGAAAAAUAGAAUUCCCACUUUCAAUCCCUUCAAAUCAAUGGUUCUUCUCCUCUCCAAUAAAACAUAUCAUGAGUUUCAGCCCAACCUAUGGUACACCAUCGAAAAUUAUCGAUUCACCAAGUAAAUUGUUAAACACACCAAAAAAGAAACAACAAGACAAAACAAACAAGACCAACAAAACACCAGUCAAACCAAAAUUGGGUGAAUAUGGACAAAAAAGCAUAAAAACAAAAAUGGAUGAAGAUAUAGACAACUUCAACAAGGAAAUUCUAAAACAAAUCAAUAAAUCAAAAAACCCCACAAACACACAAGACCAACAACACAACGAACAAAGUAAAGAUCAGUUAGAAGACAAAAUAAACCAGAAACUUCAAAAGGUAGAUAAAAAUCUACCCCAAAUAAAACUAUAA